GACAGUAUUGUAAAAUGAAAUCAAAGAAAAACAUUAUGAAAUGCGUCAUUAUUUCACAAUAAUUUCAAAAGUACAAAUAAACCCAGUUAUUUUUAACACACAUUUUACAAAAGAUUACCGAUGGAUAUUGAAUCCAAAUUAUGUUCACGAUUUUUGGAAAAUCUGACGGAUGAAAAUGAACAAAAUUGUUCUUUGCAUCAAGACAUAACAAGCGUUGAAAGUGUUGGCGCGCAAUGCAACAACGGGCUUUGCGUAAAAGUGAUUGCGGGAAUUAAUGAAAAUUCCGACUAUUCGGACAAAAUAAAAGAGGCCAGUAAAACUGAUGGUUCACGAAAACGAGAUGCUGCUUGUGCAGUUAAUUCUACGUCCAAACGUUGUAAGUUGUAUGAAGAAGAAACAUCCAAUGCUAAUGAAGAACUGCAGAUAGAAGGAUCUGAAUUUAUGAAUGAAAGAGAAGCAGAGAUCACUGCUGAAGUCCAAAAUCUGGAAGAGAACAACUGGGUCGUAAAAGUAAAAGUGGAGUGCUCAACCGAUAAUAGCGAUGAACUCAAUAUCAAUAACGUUCCCACUAGCUCUGUAAGUUCUAAUCAAGUUGAUGUAAAACCAGCAGUUAAGGUUGAGAAGGCCGAGGCUAGUUCCACUUUAAGACAGUCUUGCCGCUUUGGGAUCCGUUGCUACAGGCGAAAUCCAAUGCAUCGUUCGGAAGAAGCUCAUCCAGGGGAUCACGACUACCGGAGACCUAUUUAUCCACCUCCUCCUAAAGGCACACCUGAGUGUCCUUUUGGUGAUCAAUGUUACCGUCGAAAUCCAACACAUUUUGAACAGUUUAACCAUCCUCCAGAAACUGAUUUCGAACAAAAUUACAAAAACUACCGCCUGCGUCAAAGACGACGUCAACAACAAAGAGAUGAUAAUAUAAAUAUUAACAAUUCUGAACUGGAUGAUGACUCUGAGGAUCCGUUUAAUGACGAUGAUGCAUUCGAUUCAGACUAUGAGCCGAAUAGUGAUGACGAGGACGAUGAAGAUUAUGAUGCGUGUGAUAAAGCUGAAGAAUAAUGAUUACCUUUAUUUUUAGUUAUUUUUUUUUUUUAUCCAAAUGUUUAAUUGGUGUAACAAAUGAAUUUAAGAAAAAAUGUAAAACGGAAAUGUUUUGUAAAUAUGUAAAUUGAUGAUUAAUUAUGCUAUUGAAUUUCAACAAA